GUAUUCAGGAACACUUGAAAUCUGUGCACACUUGGCUCCUUGAUCCUCUUGUGUAAUCACAAUGAGAGGGAACAGACUGUAUCAGGCACAGGGGAAGGUUCAUCAGGUGCCAUCCGCUCAACAGCUGGACAUCAGUCUGCUCGUGGGACGCUGCCUUAACAUUGGUGAAGCUUCAAUGGAGAAAGAUCCAGCGAUUGAAACACCAAGUAAAUGGAGAGCCAGUAUGCGCUAUCCACUCACACCUGCCAUUAAAUCUGAUCAAAAUGAUAUAAAGCCAGAAAUGCUAUGUGAUGUGGAGCACAGAGGUUCUGAAAGCUACUGCUCAUUUGCCCGAGAACAUCAGCCGCCCAGCAGAGUGCAAAAAAUCAUUGUCGAUCUUCGGGCAGCUUUAAGCGGAGUCCAUGAGCAAUGUGAACCUGAAGAGGACGUCAGGGAUGAAUACACUGUGCCAAAAGAGGCAGACCAUCUCUCUUCAGCCUCACCUAGGAACACUCUGAUAUUGAAUAAUUACAAGAAUCAGCAGCGAGCACAGACCAAGAUCCUAGGACCAAAACCCAGCCCAGUGUCUAAAAGAUAUUGGACCAAGAAAGAUUCCCUUGAACUUUGGAAAAUCAAAAUGUCCUUGCCACGCUUAGUCAAUCCUUCCAGUCAGAGGGAGGCCACUUCUAACCACCUUAACUCUACCCACAAUACAAAAAUCAGCCUCCUUCAAGUGACUAAACACGGCAUCCUAGCAAAUACAGACUAUCACUUUUCCCCAGUGAGGUCUCAGAACAACAGCUUCGUAACUUUUCCAAAGAUAUUCCAGACAAAUCAUUUGAAGAGUAGCUUGGCAGUUGAUGGACGUACCUCGAAGAGGGCGAGCAUCUCGUCUAACCCGCAAGUUAAGAGAAUGGAGCCGAGUUUCAUAAAAUCCAUUGAGGAAUCCACCAUCUCAGUUCACCAGCUAUUGCAACAAAUGAGGAAACAAACAUCCAGUGUAAACCAUGUGCUGAUUACGGAGGUGCUGAGGUCUCUGAGAGAGGAACUGUGGUCAAUGUCCGAACAACCAGAACACAGUCUGAAUGAUAUUCGUGCUCAAUGCAUCAGAAGAAAUGUUCCACAUCAGAGGGCCGAGAACAGAGCAGAGGCCAAGGCAACAUGCACAUGUCAAUCAUCUGCUCAAUUUGAAGAUAAACUACCUGUCAGGAUCAGCUUGUUCAUAAACAGGUAGCACAGAGUGUCGCUGAGCCAUGACUUGUGAUUUUUCUACAGGGUGGGGCAAGAAGACAAUCUCAAAAUGACCUCAGCUGGAACAGGGAUUAAACCUCAUGUGGUUGGCAUUAUUCUGAACCACAUGUCUAGCCAACUGAGCGAACCAGCACUCCCUUCCCCACCCCUGCAAUUAUCGCUUUAUUUGAGUUAAAUUUUGAAGUCUUUUCUUUUAACCAUUUUACAGUUUCCUAUGCGCUAGGCCAAUUUUUAUUUUGUGUAGAAUUGCAGCAGGUCAGCUUCUCCUUGGCUACAACUCUCUACUGCUCCUGAGAUAGCCCCUAGGAAAUGUGAGAUUAGGUGUCAUAUCUACGGAUUGUGUCUUGCUCCUGGCAUUGUCUCUGACGAUAGAAAUUCCAGGCAUCGAUUGUUGUCCUAGCAAAGGACAGUACCACCUCCCUUGACAGAACAAAGUCUGAGAAGACCCUAUUGAAUUGGGAUCGUAUCACUCCCAUUCAAAAUGCUCAGUUUGGGUUCUGGCAGGCUCCAGACCUCAUUACAGCCUUGGUCCCAACAUGGAUAAAACAGCUGAAAUCCAAUGUUGAGGUCAGAGUGACCACCCUCAAUAUCAAGGCAGCAUUUGACAAAACAUGGCACCAAGGAGCCCUAGUAAAUUUGAAGUUGAUGGGUAUCAGGGCAAAAACUCUCCACCAGCUGGAUUCAUACCCAGUACAAAGGAAGAUGUCUCUGGUUGUUGGAGGCCAAUCAGCUCAGUCCCAGAAUAUUGCUGCAGGAGUUCCUCAGGAUAGUGUUCUAGGCCCAACCAUUUUCAACUGCUGCAUCAAAGAUUUCCCCUCUAACAUAGGAUAAGAAGCAGGAAAGUUCACAGAUGAAUUGCCCAGUUCUAUUCAUAACUCCUCAAAUACUGAAGCAGUCAGACUUGGACUACAUACUGCCUUAGCCUGAAAAGUUGUAGUAACAUUUUAAUCACACAAGUGUCAUUCAACGGGAUUAUCAUUGUCAAAUUCCCCACCAUCAAUUUCCUAGCCAUCACCUUGACCA